AUGUGUCGGUCCCCACCACCACCAAACAAGAAAGCAAUUCCAAGCUGCAUUUCUUCAAGCCCAGAUGAAGCUGGGAACAAGCAAGGCAUGAAAGCUAUUGUAACUAUUAUUAUAGCAUUUGGAUAUUUUUACGUGCUCAAUGCAACAAACUGCCAAUGUCCAGAAAAUAUGUUCAACUGUGGAGAUAGUAAAUGUACAUGCAUUCAGCAAAGCUGGGUUUGUGAUGAAGAUCAAGAUUGUGUGAACAGAAAUGAUGAAAAAUAUUGCAAGCAUCCAUCAUGUUCCAGUCUCCAAUUUACUUGUUCUAAUCACAAAUGUAUAAAGAAAGACUGGCAAUGUGAUGGAGACAAUGACUGUGGGGAUGACAGUGAUGAACUUGAUUGCAUGACAAAGAACUGCACUGAUGAGGAGUUCAGGUGUGAUAAUGGCCGCUGUAUUUUAGUCCAGUGGAAAUGUGAUGGAGAUGAUGAUUGUAAAGAUGGCUCUGAUGAGCAUUGUGACCAAGAAGAGUGCAGCCAAACAGAUAUACGAUGUGGAGAUGGAAAAUGCAUUCCUAAGGCUUGGAUAUGUGAUGAGGAAGUUGAUUGUUUAGAUCAAAUUGAUGAGAUUAAUUGUGAGUUUCGAAAAAUUACCUGCAAGUCUGAUGAGAUGUACUGUCCUGGUAGUCGUCGUUGUAUUCGUGCUCGUCUUAAGUGUGAUGGGCAGAAUGAUUGUGGAGAUUGGGAAGAUGAAAUUGAUUGUGGUAAUGCCACUUUGUGUCAUAAAGGGGAAUUCCGUUGUGAAAAUGGAGCUUGUAUUAAUGGCACAUGGCGAUGUGAUGGUGAAUUUGAUUGCCAUGAGAAAUCUGAUGAGUUUGACUGUCCUCUACCUAGUUGCAGUCCUCGGAAAUUCCAGUGUCACACUGGGCACUGUAUUGAGUCUUCUUGGCAUUGUGAUGGACAUGCUGACUGUGAUGAUGGCAGUGAUGAAGCAAACUGUGAUAUUGAAAACUGCAGUAGUGGCCAAUUCCAGUGUCGUUCUGGUAAGUGUAUUGGAUCCAAUAAAGUUUGCAAUGGCUUAUCAGAAUGUCCUGAUGGUUCAGAUGAAAUGCACUGUAAUCUUCCACCAAGUUGUCGAGAGAACAAUGGUGGAUGUAAUCAGAAUUGCCUGCAAACAUCUCGUGGUGCACGCUGCAGUUGCUAUAUGGGUUAUCAUCUCCAAAGAGAUGGAAAAACAUGCAUAGAUUUCAAUGAAUGUGAAAUGGUUGGUGCUUGCAGUCAAGUCUGUACAAAUCAUCCUGGUUCUUAUAAAUGUAGUUGUGCUACAGGUUAUAUUUUGAAACCAGAUGGCAGGGGUUGUAAAGCUACAGGAGGUGAAGUCAACUUGAUAUUUGCAAAUCGAAUUGAAAUACGGAAAGGAAAUCCCAGCAAAUCCGAGUUUUCAUUCAUUCUUGAUAAUCUUGACAAUGCAAUUGCUCUAGACUUUCAUUAUGAUUUAGGACUUCUUUUUUGGUCUGAUGUUUCACUUGAUGUGAUUAAAAGAGUUUAUUUGAAUGGCUCAAAUAUCCAAACUAUUGUGGAGUGUGGACUGAAAAACACAGGUGGUUUAGCAGUUGACUGGAUUCAUGACAAGUUGUUUUGGACUGACUCUGGUACAUCAAGAAUCGAAGUAACUGAACUGGAUGGUGCAGACAGGAGGGUUCUUGUUUGGAAAGGGAUUGACAAACCUCGAGCUAUUGUUGCUCAUCCAGGAAAAGGGAUGAUAUUUUGGACAGACUGGGGUAGUAGUCCUAAAAUUGAAAGUUCAGGUAUGGAUGGCCAUGAACGGCGAACAAUUGUCAAUUCAUCGUUAAUCUGGCCUAAUGGUCUCACCAUUGAUUAUGCGGCUGGCAAAUUGUAUUGGGCUGAUGCCAAAUAUCAUGUGAUUGAGUGUGCAUAUCUAGAUGGGUCGUACCGACGAACAAUCAUUAGCCAUGGACUGCCUCAUCCAUUUGCAUUAACACUAUUUGAAGAUGAGCUUUAUUGGACAGAUUGGCACACGAGAAGUAUUUGGAGAGCAAACAAAUUCACUGGUAAUCGUGUUGAAAGAGUGCGAAGUCGCUUGCACUAUCCUAUGGAUAUACAUACUUACCAUCCUUUGAGGCAGCCACAAGCAAUGAAUCGAUGUGGUUCUGACAAUGGUGGCUGCAGUCAUUUAUGCCUUCCUACAAAACGAAAUUAUAUUUGUGCAUGUCCAACUGGACUGGCUCUCAGGAAAGAUGGGAAGACCUGUCGAGAUAGACUGGACAAUUUUCUUCUGUUUUCAACUAAAUCUGACCUUCGUCGGAUUUCAUUUGAUACUGCUGAAAUGAUUGAUAUGAUUAUUCCUCUGCCAAAUGUACAAAAUGUGGUUGCAGUUGAAUGGGAUUCUGACACUAAUACAAUUCUAUGGACUGAUGUUAGUACAGAUACUAUCAACCGGGCCAAAUGGGAUGGAUCUCAGGCAGAGGUUUUGAUUGAUUCGAGUUUAGACAGUCCAGCAGGCUUAGCUGUGGACUGGGUAGGUAAUAAAAUCUACUGGACAGACCAAGGUACAAAUGUCAUUGAAGUUGCUAAUUCAGAUGGCUUGUUUAGAAAAGUUCUUAUCUGGGAAAAUCUUGAUAAACCCAGAGAUAUUGUAUUAGAACCAUAUGCAAGAUAUUUGUUUUGGACUAAUUGGGGCCAUGAACCCAAGAUAGAACGUGCAGGAAUGGAUGGAAAUGGCCGAACUGUUCUUGUCAGUAGUAAUUUAACAUUGCCAAAUGGCUUAUCUGUUGAUGUGAAAAGCAGCCGAUUAUAUUGGACAGAUGCUGGCACUCAAACUAUUGAGUCUGCAACAUUUGAUGGACUUUAUAGAAGAAUUGUCAUUGGAGUUGGAUUACCUCAUCCUUUUGGACUGAUUGUUUAUGAGGAUUCUAUUUUUUGGACUGAUUGGAAUACAAAAAGUGUCCAGAUGGCUAGUAAGUUCAAUGGAACAAACCACCAAACCCUAAAGAAAGGUCUUGAUAAUGUCAUGGAUAUUACUGUUUUUCACAGAGGAAGGCCAUACUUGUCUACUCCAUGCAGAAAGGGGAAUGGUGGUUGCAGUCACCUAUGCUUAUUAGCACCAGGGCCAAAAACACAUACCUGUGCAUGUCCGACAGGAAUUCUCAUUAAGCCUGAUGGCAAAACAUGUGAAAAAGAAAUGAAAAACUUCUUGAUAUUUACACGGAGAAAUGAUAUUCGAAAAAUUUCAAUGGAUGUGGACUAUUUUGCUGAUGUUGUUGUCCCUCUUGGUCAUUUAAAGAAUGCCGUUGCAUUAGAUAUAGACCCUCUCCAAGGUAUGAUAUACUGGUCUGAUACUGUUGUUGAUAAAAUCCAAAGGUCUAACCUUGAUGGAUCCCAAGUUGAAGAUGUCAUUUCACAUGGCCUAGAUACAACUGAUGGUUUAGCUGUUGAUUAUAUUGGGAAGAAAAUUUAUUGGACUGAAAAUGGAAACAACAGAAUAGAAGUUGCUAACUUAGAUGGCACAAUGCGUAAAGUUUUGUUCUGGCAAAAUCUGGAUUCCCCACGUGCCAUUGUUCUGCAUUAUGAAGCUGGCUACAUGUAUUGGACAGAUUGGGGAAAUCAGCCUCGUAUUGAGCGUGCAGAUAUGGAUGGCAACAAUCGUUUAACUGUUAUAGCAAAUGACCUUGGAUGGCCAAAUGGGUUGACGAUUGAUAAAGAAACAAGACGACUUAUCUGGAAUGAUGCUACAACUGAGGUUAUAGAAUGCUCAGAUUUAAAUGGAAAUUUUCGGAAAGUUUUAGUUUCCAAACUUCUUCAUCCAUAUGGAUUAACUGUGGCAGGUAGAUAUAUCUUUUGGACUGAUUGGCGUACAAGAUCUAUUCAUCGAGCAGAUAAAAUAACAGGUGAAGAUGUUACAGUAAUUCGCAGCAACAUCCCUGGACUAAUGGAUUUACGUGCAGUAUAUAUUGAUAAGACUGAUCAUCCUUCAAAUCGCUGUGGUCAAAGUAAUGGUGGUUGCAGUCAUUUGUGUUUGCCUAAUCCUCAGGGAUACAGCUGUGUAUGCCCCACAGGAUUGCUUCUUACUCAGGAUGGCAAAACAUGUCAGUCUAUGCCAAGUGUGUAUCUGUUGUUUGCAAGCCGUGGCAGUAUUCGAAGGAUUUCUCUUGAUUCUCAUGAUUACACAGAUGUUUAUAUUCCAUUGCCUGAUGUACACAAUGCAGUUGCACUUGAUUUUGAUAUCCAAGAGAGUAAAAUAUAUUAUACAGAUGUCACUCUGGAUGUAAUUAGAAGAGCCAGUUUAAAUGGGAGUAACAUGGAGGAAGUGAUUCACAAGGGCUUAUCAACUACUGAUGGACUUGCUGUAGACUGGGUGGCCCGAAAUAUUUACUGGACUGACACUGGCCGUGAUGUAAUUGAAGUUGCUAGAAUUGAUGGGACAAGUCGUCGUACUUUAGUAUCUGAAAAUUUAGAUGAACCCCGAGCAGUAGCAGUAUUUCCAAAGAAAGGAUUUAUGUUUUGGACUGACUGGGGUAAAAGUCCUAAAAUAGAACGUGCUUAUUUGGAUGGGACAAGCCGAAAAGCAAUUGUUACAAAUGAUCUGGGAUAUCCUAAUGGCUUAUCUAUUGACUAUGUUACAAAGCAUCUUUAUUGGGUUGAUGCACAAUUAGAUAAGAUUGAAAUGUCUGAUUUAAAUGGCAAAAAUAGGAUUGAAAUCAUAAGAGAUGUUCCACAUCCUUUUGGUCUAUCUGUUUUUGGUGAUUACAUAUACUGGACUGAUUGGAGGACAAAAUCAAUACACCGUGCAAACAAAAUGACAGGACUAAAUAGAAUUGUAAUCCAAAACAACAUGGAGGGCCUCAUGGCUAUUAGUGUUGUGUCUCCACUUAGGCAAACAGGUACCAACCAAUGUGCCAUUCGAAAUGGUGGUUGCACACAUUUGUGCUUAGCACGUCCAAAUGGUUACAAGUGUGCUUGCCCUACAUAUCCAGAUUCUCGACCAUGUCUUGUUGUGCCUCUCAUUUCCAGUUCAAAUGAUGAUGAUUUGUUUGCAAAAAAGUCUAGCUCAACUCAAGGGUCACACCAGUCUAAUCGAUGCAACAAAAGUCAAAUUAAAGCUGGAUUAUGUCAGCCAGAAGAUGGUCAUGAAGCAGAGUCUCGUCAUUUUUCCACCUUUGUCAUUCCUGGUGUGCUCUCAUCUGCUGUCAUUAUAGGUUUUAUUUUUAUCCUUGUUAUGUGGAAAAGACAACGACGUCGAUCAGCUCCAGAAUUCAUUACUCUUACAUUUACAAAUCCUUCCUAUCAAAGAACAAGCACAGAAACUAUUGAUACUGAACGGCAAUCUCAUGGCAGCAGUUCAUGGCGAUUGUUUCGUUUUGAUCGGGCAGAGGAGCAGCUACUGAUGUUGCCACAGAAUGAUGAGAAAUUAAACAAUUUGGAUCAAGUUCAAUGUGAUCGGCCAGAUAUACCUGAAAACAAUGCUCAUGUGGCUUUGAAAGCAGAAAAACACUGUCGGAAAGUUCUGCUGACACUACCCAAGAAAAUAACAAACACCACAAAAACAAAUCUUGAUUUCAGUUCAUCAUGA